AAAAUUUUUUCAAAAAAUUCAGCCACCACGCCACCUAUCAAAAUAAGUGUAAAUUACCCGGGCAAAGUACUUUCGAUGAAAUUAUUAUAAAUUAUUUUAAUUGUUAUCUUCGAUUUCAACUUAAUUGAAUAUACCAGCGAUUCCAUGAACGUACAUUUACUUGCAAUGAAUAACCUCCAAUAAUGGUUUUCAUUAUUAAAAAAAACAACAAUUAUGAUUUAAUUGUUGAUUACAAUCAACAUUCUAUAAAAAUAAAAAUUUUAUGUACAUAAUUAAUGAAUCAUAAUUAAUUUAUUAUUAUAUUUCAUAGAAAGGCUUUUAUAUAAUGAAGACAGUUAUAAAUUUCGAAGUUUAUAAAAAAACUUGGGAACGACUUUCUAAAAAUAAGCAUUUUAAAUAUGGUGCUCCAUUCCUUGCUUUCAUCAUUGGAGGAUCAUUUGCAUUAAGAUAUGUCACUAAUAUACGAUUUAAAUACAAACCAACUGUUAUGAUGAAAGAAGAAGCUUCCAAGAUGGGAAUACACAUAAAAAGCGCUGAGGAAGUUGGAGAUAUAGAAGAUCACUAUAAAGAAUUGCAAAAGCUCGACAUCGAUAAUUGGGAAAAUAUCCGAAUACCAAGGCCGUGGGAAGACGGAGAAGGAAAAGAAAUAGUGUAAUAGAAUUAGUGUUUUGUAAUGAAAAGUAAGUAAAAUUAAAUAUAACUAAUUUACAUGUCAACAUGAUGACAUAAAUCAUUUUUUUGUUAAUACAAUAACGUGAAAGAGUGAAAA